ACCACCUGUCGAAACAACAGGUGCACAUGAGACAAUAAUGGUGAUAAGUUAUCAUUUUUAAAGUAAUUCAACGAUUGUUUAAAUCUGACACAUUUCGUAGCCGGUAGUGAGUGAGGUAAAGAAUGAUAACAACUGACCAACGAUAAUGGGUCUUUUCAUGAAAGUUAUCAUUUUGACGGUGUUGGCACUCUUGCCUUCUGUCUACGGUUUGUGUAAAAUGCGAGGCAUUUGCUACGUCGACGAAAAAGGCAAGAGCAAAAAUUGUUUGAACGACGACAAACAUAACAAACCUCAACCGUUAGACAAAAACCAUCCACAAUAUGAAGAAGCUCUGAGUCAAAUGCACGAAUAUUGCCCACAUUUCUACGAAACCACUGAUGAUCCUCUUUUAUGCUGCGAUGUUGAUCAAGCACUUGUGAUGGUCCAAGGUUUCCAGAGCACCGUUCCUUUUCAAAGAUGCCCAACAUGCGUGAAGAACAUAAUGAAAACUUACUGUAUAUUUUCCUGCGAUCAAAAUCAAUACAACUUCACGGAGGGUCUAAACCAGGAGGUUAACGAAGAAACCGGGGAAACUUAUUUAACAAGAGUUCAAGAAACCAUCGACGAAACUUUCAUAGGCAUCGUCUACGAUUCUUGCAAAAGUGUUUCGUACCCUAGCACUAGCGGUUUAGUCAUUGGAUCUGUGUGUGGUGCAUACGGAGCCACUUACUGCACUCCUCAAAGAUUUUUCAACUACAUGGGCAACUACGACAACACUUUUUCCCCUUUUGACAUCGUUUUUAAGAUUGUAAAUGCUUCAGAAGUGUAUGCGAUCAACAGCAGAGCUUAUGCGUGUAACGAGGCUUAUAGUGGUUCUAAAGCUUGCAGUUGCGUGGACUGUGAAUUAAGCUGUGCAGCAGACUCAAAGUUCGAAGAGUUAUCAGACGAUGAUUCAGUUUUCGGUGACGUAAGCACAACCUCUUUUAUAGUGGCAUGUGUGAUAUGUGGUCUAGGAUGUGUGACAGUAAUUUUUAUUGUGUACCUUCGUCUCACCGUCAAAAAUUUUUUCUCGCUAUACAAAGGCCAAAUAAAAGAUGAAGUUCAAGAUAAAACCAUUCAGAUAAAAGUGAACGAUUGGUUAGAAGAUUUCUUCAGAAAAUGGGGAACCUUCAUGGCGCAAAAAAAGUUCAUCGUUCUUAUUGUAUCAGUGGUCAUUCUAAUAGCUCUACCCAUCGGUAUUAUAUACCUAGAAGUAGUCACAGACCCCGUGGAAAUAUGGGCGGCCCCACACAGCAGAAGUCGCCAAGAGAAAGAUUUCUUCGACUCGAAUUUCCAACCGUUUUACCGAACCAACCAAAUUUUUUUUAAAACCGUCAACAUACCACCGUUUACGUACAACCAGACGAUCAUUGGAGAUGAUGGGAAUCCAGACGUAAUAAUACAUAAUUUUGGUCCUGCUUUUGAUCAAACGUUUCUGAAAACUGUGUUUAAUUUACAACAAGAAAUACAAAACAUUAAAUUAGAUGAUGGGUCUGGUUUUGAAAAUAUUUGUUACGCACCUUUGGUCACCGUGUUCUCAGGACCUAAAACUAUAGAUGUUUGUGCGGUUCAGUCUUUGCUAGGGUUUUACGACAACGAUAUUUCUGCCAUAGACGCUGAUAAUUACCCUCAGCAACUCGUAGAUUGUCUAGCGAGUCCUUUUACCAUUAACUGUUUAGCACCUUAUGGUGGUCCCAUUGAACCCGGGUUGGUUUUAGGUGGAAACAUGCUAGACAAUUACACAGAUGCCACAGCCAUCAGUUUAACGUUUUUGGUUGACAAUUACUUGGACAAAGACGACCUAAAGUCUGCUCUUGAGUGGGAAGAGAAAUUCAUCAACUUGAUAAAAUCUUGGGAAACAUAUAAUAAAACCGACAACAUGGAAAUAGCUUAUAGCGCCGAAAGGUCAAUCGAAGACGAAAUCGCUAGAACGUCGUCGUCAGAAAUGGGCACCGUGGCCAUCAGUUACGUCGUCAUGUUCAUCUACAUUGCUCUAGCUCUUGGUCGCUACACCUUCAAUGACAGAUUCUUGGUAGAAACUAAAUUAUUCCUUGGAGUAGGGGGCGUUCUCAUCGUACUCGGCUCAGUUUUGUGCUCAAUCGGGUUGUGUGGAUACGCAGGAGUCCCCACAACCCUGCUAACCAUAGAGGUCAUCCCCUUCUUGGUUCUAGCAGUUGGUGUUGACAACAUCUUCAUAAUCGUGCAGACACACCAAAGACAAAAACCAAGCAGCCUCAGCUUGGAAGAACGUAUCGGAGAAACCUUGUCAAAAGUUGGACCCAGCAUGCUCCUAACCAGCAGCUCCGAAAUCUUCUGUUUUGCUAUUGGUACCUUGUCGACAAUGCCAGCAGUUAACACUUUCGCAAUCUACGCCACUAUAGCAAUUUUCUUAGAUUUUCUUCUUCAAAUCACCGCGUUUGUAGCCCUUUUUACGCUAGAUCUAAAGCGGUAUGAAGACAACAGAUUCGAGAUUUAUUUCUGUGAAAGGGCUACAACCCCACCCAAAGAAAUGGGUCCGGGUUUUAUUUACAACUUUUGGAAGAACUACUUCGCGCCAGCCGUUAUGAAUUUCUGGGCUCGAUGUUCAAUUCUGGCGGUGUUUUUGGUAUGGCUUUGCGUCAGUAUAUCUGUGGUACCCUCUCUAGAGCUUGGGUUAGACCAGCAGUUGUCAAUGCCUGAAGAUAGCCACGUUCUGACUUAUUUCAACUUCAUGAACGAGCUCAUGGGAAUAGGGCCACCGGUGUACUGGGUCACCAAAGGGGAAAUUGACUACUCGUCUCAAGACUACCAAGCCAAAGCUUGCGGAGGGGUGUACUGUGACGAAGAUUCCGUCACCACUCAACUCUUCCGAGCCUUCAAACAAUCCAGCUUGACGAGCAUAGCAACGCAAGCCACUUCCUGGGUUGACGAUUUUUCAGACUGGGCGAAUGCCACAGACUGUUGUAAGUACUUCAGGGAAAAUGGUACUUUUUGUCCACACGACUACAGCGACACUCUGUGUGCCCCUUGCGACUACAACCGCAUGAACUUAACUCAAGAAGACUAUUUUACGAAGUUCGUGUCCUUUUUCUUGAUGGAUAAUCCUAAUGAGAAGUGUGCUAAAGGUGGCCACGCUUCCUACGCAGGGGGAAUAAAUUUUGAAGUGAACAAUGUGGGAAACGCUACCGUUUUAUCAUCCAGUGUGAUGUCUUAUCACACGAUCUUGAAGGGAUCGACCGAUUACAUUAGCGCUCUGAAGUAUGCUCGAGUUAUCGGUGAUAAUCUCACGAAAACGCUAGAUUUAGACGGUGUUGAAAUCUUCCCAUACAGCAUAUUUUAUACAUACUUCGAGCAGUAUUUAUCGAUAUGGACUGACGCUUUGGAAUCUUUGGGUUUAUCGCUACUUGUUGUUUUUAUAAUGGCGUUCCUAAUUUCCGGACUUAGCCUGUUUUCGGCUUGUACCAUUCUGGUGGUGGUACUUAUGAUCAUUAUUGACUUGAUGGGGCUUAUGUACUUCUGGAACGUUAAUUUUAACGCUAUAUCUUUAGUCAACUUGGUUAUGAGCGUCGGAAUAGCUGUAGAAUUUUGUGGCCACAUUGUCCACCACUUUGUCCACUCUAGAAAAAAGAAUGCUGUAGAGAGAGCAUCCGAUGCUCUCGUUGAAAUGGGAAGCUCUGUGCUAUCUGGUAUUACUCUCACCAAAUUUGCAGGGAUUGUAGUACUAGCGUUUGCUCAAUCUCAAAUAUUUCAAAUUUUUUACUUUAGGAUGUACCUAGGAAUAGUGGUCAUAGGAGCACUGCAUGGCCUCAUAUUUUUACCAGUGCUUCUCAGUUUCCUCGGUACCAUACGUUUAGGAUUCACGAACGUAAAUGAAGAACACACCAUGACACCAUCACGCAAGUCAAAAGUAUAAACUUAAACAAAUUCGGAAUUAUUUAUUUAGUGUUGUAGUUGAAUAAUAAGCUGUAAUUUAUUUUAAAACAUGUAUUUUACAUCCGAAUAAAUGAUAUUUAAAAUAA